CUGCUGCUCCGGGGACCUCCCCACCGGCCGGCUGCCACCCCACUGCCCAGGCCCUGCCCACUGCCAGCUGCCAGGAGGCUCACCUGAUUCCCACCAGUUCAAAGCAGUUCUCCUCGAAGUGCUUGGAGCAGAAGUAGAUGUACUCGGACGCCGGGUCCCACAGGCCCUGGCCGCUGGGGUCCAGCCGCUGGCAGUUGGCCAGCCACAAGCCCCGCCUUGGAUUGUCCUUCUUGGGGAGCCUGCGGGGCCACAAGCCCGUGAGCCCGACGGGAAAGGCCGGCCCCGCUCAUGCCGCCCCCAGACCUCGCGCUGAUACUGCCUGCGCACAGACAAGGAAGCUGAGGCCUCCAGAAGAAAAGAGACUCGCUGAACAUCAUCACGUAGGUGAGACUCGAAGCAGCUGGCCCGGGCAGGCGGACCGCCCCUCCUCCCCCACCCAGCCUCCCACUCAAGCCCCGCCCCGACCACAGAAGCGCGUGCGCAGUGGCUCCGCGAGGCGGCAGGACGGGCGCAUGCGUAGGGGACCCUCCGCGCGCCGGCGCGCACGCGCGCUAACCUGUGGAAAGAGAUGCCGCGGUUGCGCGUCUCGCGCGUGUCCCGUGUGCAGCAGCCGGCGGCGGAGCAGUGACGCGGCAUCUGGGGAAGAGGCGGGAGCUCGGUCGCGGGCGGCCGUCGGGGCCCGGAGGGGCUUCGCGCCCCAGGCUGCCACCCCGCUGCAAGCAGCCCCCGAGUGGCGGGUCUUCCCCGGCUCGAUCUCGCCCGAACCCCGUCCCAGCCUGUUCUCCAGACUCCCGCUUGCGGCACUCACGGUCUCGCCAUUGCUGCGCCGCCGAAGUAUCGCGAGGUUUGGCUCGCGGCGGAAGUCAAUACCAUAGAAACGCGGAAGUGCGCGGCGUUCGCCGAGAGGCGGGUCCCGGAAACUGCAGAGCGAGCCCGGGGAGUGGUCGCGGGGAUCUCCCACGUCGCCCGGGUCGGGAAACGCCUACGACGGGAACGAGCCCGGCGGUGCUGGCGCGCACGCUUCCUGCGGGAGAGGUUCCUCUUCUGGGCCGGGCGGGAGGUUCCGGGACAGUUCCUCCGGGGGUGGGGCGCGGGAGUGGGUUCGUGCGGGGCGGGGCAAACGCGGCUGGCCCGCGACUCCGACGACGAGAACCAGCCCACUUCCGGCCCCCGAGGAGCGCCUUGGCCGGCGCGAAGGACUCCAGUUGUUUAGGCGGAGAGCGCUUCCCGGUUCUCCGCCCCUCACUUUGAAGCCUUUUUCGGGGGGUAACGCGGCAGUUGACUGCUCUGUGUAGCGAGACACACGUACGGACCUGCUGCAUCUUUUCUGUUCGGGAGGAACAUAGUUUCCCUAGAAAUUCACUUGGAAAAGGAAAGUAUCUGGCGUGGGAAUUUGGUCGAAGUGCAGCACAGGGCAGACUAUGCUCAAUACAGAAACUUUAAUAGGUAAACACAUCUGUAAUGUGACAGUCGGGGGACAGGGGGCCUAUAGCCGCGCCCUCGCAUUCAGUACUCUUCCCCUUCCUCGGCCUCUGCUUCCACCGAGUCCACGCCCACCUCUUCGUAAUCUUUCUCCAGCGCUGCCAGGUCCUCCCGGGCCUCCGAGAACUCGCCCUCCUCCAUGCCCUCCCCCACGUACCAGUGCACAAAGGCGCGCUUGGCGUACAUGAGGUCGAACUUGUGGUCCAGGCGGGCCCAGGCCUCGGCGACGGCCGUGGUGUUGCUCAGCAUGCACACGGCCCGCUGCACCUUGGCCAGGUCUCCCCCUGGGACCACCGUGGGGGGCUGGUAGUUGAUGCCCACCUGCCAGAGAAGGGGAACAUGGUGAAGUUUAUUUAUUUAUUUAAUUUAUUUAUUUUUCAUGGUGAAGUUUAUACUGUGGCCUCAGAAAUUGUAGGUAGGUUGUUUUUUGUGGAGUUUUUUGCGGUACGCGGGCCUCUCACUGCUGUGGCCUCUCCCGUUGCGGAGCACAGGCUCCGGACGCGCAGGCUCAGCGGCCAUGGCUCACGGGACCAGCCGCUCCGCGGCAUGUGGGAUCUUCCCGGACCGGGGCACGAACCCGUGUCCCCUGCAUCGGCAGGCGGACUCUCAACCACUGCGCCACCAGGGAAGCCCUGUAGGUUAUUUUUAAAAACGGGGGCCGUGGACCCAGUUUAAAUUAUGCCCUGUAGGAAUUGGUACUUUGUUUUGUACCAAUAUAUGCCAACAUCUAAUAUCCGUUGACUUCAUAUUUUCACUUUGUGAAGCGCCAUCUGAAAUGGCAAAACUGGAAACAAAUGUCCUUUGUGGAAACUAGUUAAAUUAUCAUACACUCCCUACAGUAGAACACUGUAUGAUCAUAGAAAAGAAUGAGAAAUCUGUCCCGGCAUAUAAAUAUGUCCAAGGUAUACUUGGUAAAAAGAAAAGCAACUUUAAUUCGAUUUAUGCUUAAAAAUACCUGUAGAGUAUUAAACACCAGCUAGAGUCUUUGACAGCUCAGGGAAUACCAUGCUGGAGGAGGACAAACAACGGGGAGAGGGCUGAUGCUGUGACCCCCUCCCUGCCCUAGUGAGCAGCUAGCAGUCAGCAGCAGCUGGACACAGCCAGUCUCCAGAAGAGCUGGGAUGAGCAGGGGGAAGGGCACAGGGGGUUCUGACUUGAUAGAGGGGUGCUCUCGCACAGCGCUAAGGGCAGGCCAGCCAGCCCCUCCAAGUGGGAGUGCUGCCAGCUUCCGUUUCUCUUUGGCAUGAGUGGAGUCUGUCACCUACCUUUAAAGAAUGUUCUUUGCCCAUGUCGCUGGCCCCUUUCUGUCAACGUCACCCGUAUAACAAGAGGUGUAAUGUGAAUAUGCACAGACUAUCUCUUGAGGAACAAAGCUCUGGAAGGGGAAGAGGACUUCAGCUUUUCAGCCUUCUAAGUCAUUUUAAUAUUUUGCCACAUACACACAUUUAUAAUGAAAAAACUAAACAUAAACAUGGGAAAGACUCCUUGACAAUAGUGCAUCCCUGAGGAAAUGGUUAUUAAAGAACGUAUGGUGAAAUCACACUCAGACUGACAAAAAGGAACUUAGAGCAAUGAGAAUUCAACGUGCUCCAUCUGAGGGAGAACUAUCCUCUGUGGGGACAGAAGCUGUGACUUCCUGUACCUCCCCACAAGACCGGCCUCCCCACUGGCUCACAGAGACUCAGCCAGGAGGGAAAGCCUGGGCAGAGGGCACAUCACCCCCCAAAGUGCCACCCAGCUGCGGCUGCCUUGGAUGUCCUUGCCUUCCGAAGGUCAUGGUGAGGUGACUGAAAGGAGAAGUCAAGAAUGGAAGGUUUCAACCCCCACCUAUAACCUCUGAGGUCUGCAAACCUCUUAUGGAAGGUGUAAUGAAUAUUUCCAGAUUGGUGAAACCUGUUAUAGACUUUACUCUUCUGUGAGUCACUUUGCAUCUGUCGGUCUUACACCCUCGGAGAUGGUCAGUGCCAGGGUGUCUUGAAGUGGGGCUGACAGAGGCCAGGUGGGUGCAACAACUUGUCUGUCGUCAGAGGCAAGCUCUGGACUUUCCAAAUGGCAAUAGGAUGACACACAUAUUGCUUCUAUUUCUCUUCAUUUUCAAUCUGCAAUGACCCUGGAACGUGCAACUCCCCAAAACACCUCAGGAACUCAUCAGGGCUCACGAGUGCAGAAUCUAGCACUUUUUCUAAUGUGGAAGAUCAGUUGUGAACAAGGACGUUUAAUGAAGAAGAGGGGGCAGAGUUAAGGAUCCCAGGCGUGGCGAGGCACUUAGCCUGGUGAUCACAAUCGGUCUAACAUGUUACUUGGCUUCCAGAUACAGGUUGCUUUUCUCUGGGUAGACGUUUCAUCGUGACACUAAACACGGUUGAAGGAGCCACCUAAUUAUCAGUGUGAUUUUGUGUGAGAGGCAGUGUUCCGAGUCUGGUUUGGAGUAACAGCAGUGAACCACCCUUGGCCCCACAGAAAACACUGCAUAAUGAAUUUAAAAUUCUGUCUACAAAAACAUAAAUGUUACCUAAAAUGCAGCGACAACUGGUGACUGAAGUAAUGUGAAAUCUAAAAACCAUGAUUUCUAAUACAAAAUGAUACCAUAGACCCUGACAGGCUUCUUGAGCAAGAGUGGGAAAAUGUGGAGGACAGACAUGCUGCAGUCAGACGUCCCUGAAAGCUCCCUCCAUUGCUCGCUGCCCCUGAGGCUGUUAGAUACUAAAAGCUGUCUCAGCCUCAGUCUCUAAACUGUAAGAUAGUAGUAGUAGUAGCCCAUGAGUGUUACAGGUUGGUUGUAAGAAAUAAGGGUACGUAAAGUCCUUGCUAAAGAUCAAGGCACCUAGCAAAUUAAUUACUAAACUUGUUCUCCCUGCAGUGCAGCUGCCCUGGAACAGGGUACCCUCCACAAAGGGGCAGCACCCUGUCCCAGGAUCUGCCGCAGGCGGAAGGUAAAUACGCGCUACCGCCCAGCCUACCUUGAACCCAGUCGGGCACCAGUCCACAAACUGGAUGGUGCGCUUGGUCUUGAUGGUGGCGAUGGCCGCAUUGACGUCUUUGGGGACCACGUCCCCCCUGUACAGCAUGCAGCAGGCCAUGUACUUGCCGUGGCGAGGGUCACACUUGACCAUCUGGUUGGCCGGCUCGAAGCAGGCGUUGGUGAUCUCGGCCACGGACAGCUGCUCAUGGUAGGCCUUCUCGGCCGAGAUGACUGGGGCGUACGUGGCCAGGGGGAAGUGGAUGCGGGGGUAGGGCACCAGGUUGGUCUGGAACUCCGUCAGGUCCACGUUGAGGGCGCCGUCAAAGCGCAGGGAGGCCGUGAUGGAGGACACGAUCUGCCCGAUCAGACGGUUAAGGUUGGUGUACGUGGGCCGCUCGAUGUCCAGGUUGCGCCGGCAGAUGUCAUAGAUGGCCUCGUUGUCCACCAUGAAGGCACAGUCCGAGUGCUCCAGGGUCGUGUGCGUGGUCAGGAUGGAGUUGUAGGGCUCCACCACAGCUGUAGACACCUGGGGGGCCGGGUAGAUGGCGAACUCCAGCUUGGACUUCUUGCCGUAGUCCACCGAGAGCCGCUCCAUGAGCAGAGACGCAAAGCCCGAGCCGGUGCCGCCCCCGAAGCUGUGGAAGAUGAGGAAGCCCUGCAGGCCCGUGCACAGGUCCGCCUGCGGGAGAGCAGAGGCCGUGAGGCCACGCCCGCAUGAGCCGUGCCACCACCCCCACGGGCCCCCACAGGCCCCGGUCACGGCACACUCUUCCUCUGCAGGUUCACAAUAUGGGUUCAACCCAUCCACAGGGAACACGCAUCACACUUAGCAGUUACAGACGUGGACGCACUGCGGCCACACCGGAAAGGAAGACCCUGCACUCAUGGUUCUGCUGGGUUUUGCCAAAGUGAUGUCCCGGGGAGAUCCCGGGCCUCCCCUCCUGUCCAGGAGGACUUCCCAGGGCCCUUCUCACCAGUUUGCGGAUCCGGUCCAGGACCAGAUCGACGAUCUCCUUGCCGAUGGUGUAAUGGCCUCUGGCGUAGUUAUUGGCCGCGUCCUCCUUCCCGGUGAUCAGCUGCUCCGGGUGGAAGAGCUGCCUGUAGGUCCCCGUGCGCACUUCAUCUGCAGAGAGGACAGCGUGCCCGAGACUCUAAGGACGGUCGCUGACUCACCGGGAUGGCCAGGUCCGGGGAAACCUUCAAUUCUACAGGCACGUGCUGUGCCUCGCAGGCCAGCAGCGUCAGCGUCUCACAGAAAAGGUCUCCGUAUGAUACACAUGCCUCAUCUGCUGUUUAUGGCUCCGGGAAGGUCCAGUCAACCCGAGGAACAAAUGCCAGUGUGGCCAGUUCCCAAAGGCGAGGGAAUGCUCACACCGCACAGGCGGUUCUGCACGUGCAUGUUUUGUUCACACCCACAGCUACACCCGGGGUGUUGCUGAAAUGGCCCUGACAUACUAGACAUCAGCGUGACUUUUGCCGGGCGCCCUCUGUGGCCUGGGUUUCACGGGCUCCAAGGUGACAUUCUGUUCUCUCCUGGGUGGCCGCCACUGAAAGGUGCUCUCUCCUGGCAGCUCCCCUUGGAAACUACCUCGGGCUUCUGAUCUGGAGGAACCCAGCAAAGGUUCUGUGCUUCCCCUUCUAAGUCUAAGGGUACCUACCGACCACGGUGGGCUCCAGGUCCACGAACACGGCUCUGGGCACAUGCUUGCCAGCCCCAGUCUCACUGAAGAACGUGUUGAACGAGUCAUCCCCACCGCCGAUGGUUUUGUCACUUGGCAUCUGGCCGUCGGGCUGAAUUCCAUGUUCAAGGCAGUAGAGCUCCCAGCAGGCAUUGCCGAUCUGGACCCCCGCCUGUCCCACGUGGAUAGAGAUGCACUCACGCUGGGAACCAGAAUAUACAUGUGAGGCCCCUUGUCUUGAAGGCAGCCAUUACUGUGUGGCAGGCAAAAUAUAAUUAAAUGUUUGUAUGUGCUUCAGAGUGUCUGGGGCUUUCUCAUUCCCUAUUUUCUUUUCCAGGAGGCUUAUGUGACCCUUUUAUCCCUGUGAAAACUGGCUUGCCCUGAACCACUCUAGCUGAUAGUGAAUGCCAGAAUUAGCCCCAGAACCUAAGUGUUUGCUACUAUACAAAAAUUCGGUUAUUUAAAAUUUUGCAAGCCGUAUUUCAAUAAUAAACUCCAUGUUAUGGCUAGUCACAGUAAUUCUCUGAAGAAUAUAGCAGUUUUUAUUGUGUUCUGACCAAAUGAUAAGGUUAAGUGGUAAUUGAGUUGGGAAAGGAAAAGUGGACUGGGACAGAGGCCACCAUGGCCCAAGCAUGGGUGGUCACUGUGUGUGUUUCAUCUGCCCCUCUAAGUCUAGCCUCUGUUCUCUGUCCAGCUCUGUGCUCAAGGAGGCUGACCCAUGUGGACUGUGCCCCCUGGCUUUUGGUUGCUUUAGCCAAUGUCAGGCACCAGCAAGAGCUGGAGGUUAGAGGAAGGUGUGGUCGGGGUGCUUGACCCUGGCUCCCUCCCUGCCGGGCUGCCUUGGGUCGCUUGAGUUCCUGUACAAGGGCACAGAGUGUCAGCAGUCAGCGCUUGUCAUAAACCUACCCUCUGAGCUUCUCAUAAGCACUCCAUCCCCUCACCUCUUCCAGCCUAGGAGUUAAUGGCUCCCAGAUGGCACAAGUGCUGGGAUAUUGCACUGUCCUUUGGUGGUUUCCUUAAACCCUGCGCGUAUCUUUAUAAAUAGUAUCUUCUUAAAGACUGUCCUGUGAGUAUCUGUUUUGAAUGUACCGUUUCUUUCCUGCCGGGAAUUUAACUCUAGUCCCUAAUCACAUGUCUGAUUUUAGACACAUCAUCCUUACAAAUACACAGAGGUGAUCACAUGAAAUUUGAGGUGUGCCACCCACACUAAAUUCUGACUUACAUACAGUCCUCAGAACUUGAAGUCCUGUUUUCUAUUAUACAAGCACCAAAUCUCAGAGCAGGAGAGACCAGUUUGAUGCAGCAAUCCCCGAACAUCAUCCCAGAGGGAAGCAUUCGGUUUGGGAAAGAUCUCCAAUGACAACGAAAUCACUCCCCCAGAGGAGGACUCCAUCGGCACCCCGGAAGUCCUUUGAAAUCCACCCAACCGCACCAUUUUCUGGGUUUUUUUUUUUUUUUUUUUUCCGUACGCGGGCCUCUCAUCGCCGUGGCCUCUCCCGUUGCGGAGCACAGGCUCCAGACGCGCAGCCCCAGCGGCCACGGCCCACGGGCCCAGCCGCCCCGCUGCAUGCGGGAUCCUCCCGGACCGGGGCACAAACCUGCGUCCCCUGCAUCGGCAGGCGGACUCUCAACCACUGCGCCAACAGGGAAGCCCAACCGCACCAUUUUCAAAUGCACACUAUUCGCUUUGAAUCCAGAUCCACUGUAUUUCACAGGAUGCCUGUUGUGUCCUUCUACUCUCUCAGCCCCAGUGUGAUCAGAGCCAGCUCUGUGAUCCGAAGAAAUACCCCAAUGUCUUCAUUUACAAAAUGCGGCUGGGGAGCUCCGUGGUUUGUAAGGCCACGUCCAUCUGACUGUCUAACAGUGAAAGGAAUUGCAGUGCUCGGGGAUGUCAUUCCUCGCUGUCAACAGAAAGCGAGCGCACUGCCGACCUUGCCUGGAUUGCUGAAGUUUGUUUAUAUUUCUGUACUCGGCUCUAUUUCCUCUCUGAAAGUUCCUCCAGACCAAGUCCUGUGUCCCCUUCUCAGCAGAUGACCUCCUUCCCCAGCACGGCCCCCCGCCACCCCCGGAGGCCGGCCCUGCCCGCUGUGCCCACUGUCCAUGCACCGGGCAGCCCGACCACUGCAGCCUGGACUGCCCGCCUCCCCUAAGCCCAGAGACAACGUGCCGAGGCGAGCUGACUGCCGCGGCUCUCGGACUCGGACGUUGUUACUCGUGGGAACUGUGGCUCCACGGCCGAGAACGCCGCCUUCGCAGUUUCUCCUUUUCAGCCUCUGCUCUGGCCGCGCGAUCGGGGAGCGGACGCCCACACGAGGCUCUUCGGGCAUCCUUUCAGACCCGGCCCCCACCCAUCUGCCCGGGACACGGCCUCCAGGCCUCCCGCCCGCCCGGCUGUACCAUGGUGAGCACCACCACCGCACUCCGAUCUCAACAGCUGCAGCCGCCCAACUGCUGCUGCCGCGCCGCGCGCUCCUAGGACGCGCGCCGCCAACGCCCAUUGGUCUGGAGCACCAUGGGGCGGGCCAAGGUCUGGAAUCCCGCUUCCUAUUGGUUAGCACGCGACUCCCAGAGUGUGGCGCGUUCUGAUUGGACGUGGAUUUGGCGGGAAGGCUGCGGGGACGCCGAAGGAUGAGCGCAGGUGGCACCAUGCGGCAUGUAGGAUUUUAGUUCCCCAACCAGGGAUCGAACCUGGGCCCCCUACAUUGGGAGCUUGGAGUGUUAACUACUGGACCGCCAGGGAAGUCCCUCAUUCCUUUUUCUCUUAAACAACUUUAUGAGCCACAGUUCAUAUACCAUACCAUUCACGUGUUUAAAGUAUACAAUUCAAAUACUUUUAGUAUGUCAAUGGAGUUGUGCAACCAUUACCUUAAUCAAUUUUAGAACACUUCCAUCACCCCAGAUUUCAUCCCUUUUUAUUGCCAAAUAAUACUCCAUUGUAUAGGUAUACCACAUUUUGUUUAUCCACUCAUCAGUUGGUGGGUAUUUGCAUUUUGUGAAUAUUAUGAGCAAUGCUGCUAUGAACAUCUGUGUUCAGAUGGUUCAGAUGUUUUGUGUGUUUUCAUUUCUCUAGAAGUGGAAUUGCUGGGUCAUAUGGUCAACUCCAUGUUUAACCUUUUGAGGAGCUGCCAGACAAACCAUGUGAUUUUUUUAUCCUGAUUUUCUCACUUAACAUCAAUCAUGUGCAUUUUCACAAACUGUUAAAUGUUCUUCGAACACUUGACUUUUAAUGUUUACAGAAUUCCAAAUUGUAGUAAACCAAUCCCCUGUUAUUGGGCAUUUAGAUUAUUUUCAAUUUUCAUAUCAUAAACAGCAUUUGCAUGUGCAUCUUUGGGCAUCCGGUUUUCCAUGCAUCUCUGGUGAUUUCUGUGGAGCAGAUUAGUCAGAACUUUGGAUCGCAGGACAGGCAAUUUUAAGGCUCUUGGUGCAUGAUGAUGAAUUGCCUUCCAAAAAAGCUGUGUCCAUUUGCCUUCUCCCAAGUUGACUUUGAGAAUGCCAGUUGCAGACCACCUUAUAUUUUAAUUGUGUCCAAAGGUCUCCAGGGCAGGGUCUUGUUUGGGCAUCUUUGACCCCAUGCCCAGCUCAGUGUGCAACAUAUAAUACAAGUUCGUGUUACACGAAUGAGUGAGAGCAAAGGAAGGCCCCGAUUAGUACCAGUGUCUGAGUCACUAUGAAGGCCGGCUCUGUAGGACUUGCCACCCAGUUGACCUGGGGACUUGGUGCAGACUCAUGUGUUGAAAGGCAUCUCAAAGUUGAAGUGGCCAAUGGGAGAGAUGAAGAAACCAUACAACAUAGUCAUUGAGACGGUCUGAAGACGGGCAGGAAUUCUUUUUUGUACUCCACUCUGUGGGCAGCUUUAUGUAAAGCCCUGGAAGAAUGACCUUCACUGAGCUGGUGAGGUCAUCAAACUCUCUGUUCACAUGGAUAUCCUGAGGAGAAACCCAUUACAAGGCUGUGCGUUAUCACUUUCUGAGAACUUGACUGUUUUACUUAUGUACCCAAGGUAUCAAAGAAGCUUAUUAGGGCAUUAGUUGUCCCAAGCCUGAAGGAUUGAAGCUGUAAACACAUCUCUGGAAAGGCUUUGACUCAGGCCUGGGUUGAAAAAAAUCAGAGGUAGAAUAAGCAGUGAUUUGUGACUAGACUCUUUUCAUAAUUUGUAUUUGGGGAUUCUCUCCUUAAUGUUUAACCACCUUAGAAAAGAGUGACAUUUUUUCUAUAUUAAAAAGGCAAAAUUGAGUGAAAAGGGGUUCUCAUCUCCUGUGCAGUUCCCCAAGUGAAUCUUCCAGCACCUGCAGCCAGUACUGGACAGGGAGAGGGGCCACCUUGCAAGAGCUGAACCUGCAAAUCCAAACAUUGGUGAGCAGUGAGCGUUGUGCCCCCUAAGCCACCUAUUCUCUCUCGGCCAAUGAAGAACCCAGGCGGGUCUGAGGGCUGUUGGGAGGAUCCGAGAUGAGUUUUAUGAGAAGUUCUUACAGAAAAAUCCAGCAGCUCUAGGGCAGACAGUGGAUUAGCCUGGACAGACCUGAGAACACCAAAGCAGCCUUCACUUCGCAUGGGAUUCCUGGACACCUGAGAAACACACACACAGUGAUCAGCCACACACUCCCCACUGGAGACAGAAUACCUGGAUGGCCCCUGGGUUCCAGCAAGGCCAGGGGAAGAGCAGGGUAAGGUGAGGGGAAGCCAGGUGGCCCUGGCCAUCUUCAGCAGAGCACAACUCCAGUGGGCUGAGGGGGAGGGGCAGCUGAGAGGGAAGGAUGGAGGGGGAGGAGUCUGAAGGAGUUCUUGGGUCAAGCCAGAGAUGGGUGAGUGAAUGAUAAGGGGAAGAAGUGGUCACAUGAGGAAGCCAGGGGGCCCCCUACCCCACCUGGGCUCUGGGACCCAUGUACCCACUGCCACUGGGGUGAGGAGAUGUAGUGGGGGAAGGGUCUGUGUGGACAGGCACAGGCAGGUCUGUGCCGGGGCCUUCCCCAUCAGGCUAGCACUCACAGCAGGAAUCCUCAGUGUCUGGUUGACCUGCAGGCCCAGGCUCAGGGCUCCCACUGCAGAGAUGCGGUUGUUGCUGCAACAGAAAGGCAUGUGCAUGGUACUGCCUUGCAAACAACUGUGCAGAGCCAGGUUGCCCCCAGGGUCUUGGCUGGAGCUGCUGGUGCAGCCCCCAGGUCCAGCUUCAUGAACACGCCAGGGGCCCUGGGCAGGUCAGUGUGUAAAAGCUUCAUCAGAGGCUUUGGUGUUCAAGAUUGCCCAGCAAACACACCUAGAGUGUUAUUCCCCCCACCUCCUGCACCAGCUGCUGCUCCCUGGCCCUCAGCACUCAGCAGGUGCUCCCACGCAUCCUGCCCCAGCUGGCACCCCGUUCCUAUCCCCAUGACAGCCACCCAGCUCCCUCCCCACCUCUUCCUACUCCUGAUGGGCACAAACUCCAGGCCUCAGCACUGCUCCCGGCCACUCUGUCUCCACAGUCAGCCCCAUGUCCCUCUAACUUAGACCCCAGCUUGACCUUGAAUUUCAGCAUCUCUCCUCUGACCAUGGCUCCUUCCAUAAGGAGGAAAAGUGGGCAGGAUGGAGCACAUGUCCCUGCCAAUGGCAGGCAGGCCCAGCUCAUUCUGGCAGCCCUGGUGUGAGACUCAGCCGCAGUAGCCCAUGACCUGUCUGGCCUCUUCCGUUCCCUCUGGGCUGUGGCUCCCGCUCUGGUUUUCCCAAGAGGCCUGGGACCCUGCCAGGGCCUGGAGGAGCAGCCCACCCAUGGCAGGCCCCCUCAGCAGCCGUGUGCUGGGCAGAGAAGACCACUCCUCCUGAAAUGGAGGAAAACUCGUGUGGAGCACACACCCCACCCACCCCCGCACCAGGCUCUGCUGAAGAUGCCUUACGCGUUUGCACUUCCCAGCCCCUGGCCUCGCAGUACACGUUAUGAGUCCCAAUUACAAAGGAGGAACUUGAGUGAGAAGGAUGGAGCUGGGCUGUGGCUGCGGCCCCACCAUGAGUGCGUGUGGCAGGUUUGGGCACGAAGUGGUAAACAGCAGCAAGAUGAGCCCCAGUCCCUGUGUGGCCGUGGGCUUGGAGGCAGGGGCGGGGCACCCCGUGCUCUCACCUCAUGUAGACCUCCUCCAACAUGUUGUUGGUCUUGAGCCCUCCCCCAGCACGGAGGCUCCCGGAUCCCCACAGCCAUUAUACAAGAUGUCCAAGACCUUCGGGAAGAUGUUUGAUGGACGCAAAGCAGCAACCCCAUGGGACCACAUGUGAAGGUGGAGGAAGCCAGUCCCCAGCCUCCGAGCCCAGGAGGCCCGAGGAGCAAAGAGUGUGGACAGAGAGCAGAAGACCACAGAGGUUCCAGAAGAGAGCCCUGGGGCUUGGACGAUGGUGACUGGCAGAGUGGAAAGACCAGAAGCAAGCACAGAGGGACCCCAGGUCAGCCCUGUCAGAGGGCAAGGCAGUGGCUGCUGUUCCCUGAGGAGGAUCCCACAGAGGCAGCCGCCACCAGAAGCAUCACAGGCGCCUGUGCUGCCCACUUCCAAGGCCUACGAACCACAAGACCCAAGGGAGCAGGCAGGGUGUUUGAGAGUGUGUGCUGGGAUCCCAGGGCGCAAGGCUGUCAUCUCAGGGAAGCAUCUGCAUCUGCCCAGCGACACUCCAGGGCUGGGAGAGGAGGGCGGUGGUCCGCCACUGCUGAAGAGCUGGAGGGUGAGAAAGUUCUAUACGCAUGAAUCGGCCUCCUGUAGUUCCAAUGCUUGUUCUUCAUGACCCCUGCAGCCAACCCAUGAGGUGGGCCCUCCUCGCCAAAAAAGGCUACCAGGAGCAGGACCUGGACCCCCAGAUUUCUGUCAUCACCAAACUCAAAGGGGUUUCCGUAACCCAGAUCAAGGAGCUGGGGAACCGGCUGUGGGAUGUGGCUGACUUCGUGAAGCCACCACAGGGAGAGAACGUGUUCUUCUUGGUGACCAAUUUCCUUGUGACGCCAGAACAAGUUCAGGGCAGAUGUCCAGAGCACCCCUCCAUCCCGCUGGCUAGCUGCUGGGCCGACCAGGACUGUCCUGAAGGGGAGACAGGGACCCACAGCCACGGCAUAAAAACGGGCCAGUGCGUAGUGUUCAACGGGACCCACAGGACCUGUGAGAUCCGGGGCUGGUGCCCAGUGGAGAGUGGUGCUGUGCCUGUGAAGCCCCUGCUGGUCCAGGCCGAGAACUUCACGCUGUUCAUCAAAAACACCGUCACCUUCAGCAAGUUUAACUUCUCCAAGUCCAAUGCCUUGGACACCCAGGACCCAACAUAUUUCAAGCGCUGCCGCUACGACCCGCGCUCCAGCCCCUCCUGCCCUGUGUUCCGCAUCAGGGACCUCAUGGCCGCAGCUGGAGGGGUCUUUGAGGACCUGGCGCUGCUGGGCGGUGCCAUGGGCAUCCACGUCCACUGGAACUGCGACCUGGACACCAGGGCCUCUGACUGCUGGCCCCACUACUCCUUCCAGCUGCAGGAGCGGAGCUACAACUUCAGGUGCGGCCCCCACUGCCCACCUGCUCCGAGCCAGGUUCUCGUCUGCCUGUCCUCCUGUGGUGGCCGGCACAGACCACCCCUCCCAGAACUCUGGAUGGCCACUGUAUGUGGGAGGGGGGCCCAGGGGAAGGAGGAGGUGGUCUCAGCUCCACGACCCCCAACACAGGCUCCAUCCAGCCUCCCUCCUGAGUCUUAUCUCCUCCACCCCAACCCCUGCUGCUGCUGGGACCCCUCCCCCAGCCCCUCCUCCCCCAUCCUGCCUCUAGCACCUCCCUCCACUGCACAAGGGGCUUUCUUUUUUACUUUUCCCUUAAGGUUUUAUCAAAAAAAUUACAAAAAUCUAUAGAAAAGUUCAAAAAUUAGUACCGUGAACACCCAUAUAGCUGUCAUCUGGGUUCACCAGGGUUUUUUUUGUUUUUUGUUUUUACCAUUUUGACACGUUUGCUUUCUCUCUCCUCUCUAGACUGAGCUGGAUAUAUUUAGAUAGAUU